GGGAUGGAGCGAGGCAAGAUGAGCCAUGGCGAAUCACGAGUGGAAGGCACAGUGAAGCUCCGGGGCAUGUUCAAGCAGUGGACGACACGGUAUGCUGUGCUUGUAGGCAGCACGCUGUCCAUCUUCAAGGACGCUACCAAGGCCGAGUGGGGCAAGGCCGAGGCAGCCAUAGCGCUUGCCGGCAAGUGCACGGUGACCAAGAGGCAGACCAAGAAGGGAGGCUUCUGCUUCAAAGUCAAAGAACGUUCAGGCAAGAGUAUCAUGCAUGGUGCUGCUGGGUACAAGGUUGACAAUGCCAUCUUCCGUGUCCCCACUCUCGCCAUGCUCGACGCAUGGCUUGUCGCCAUCCGGGCUGCCAUCAACGGCGAGUCCUUCCAGUCGCAGAUCAUCGUGUCGGGCAACACGCUCGCGUCGCGGGCGGCGGAGGACGGGCACUCGCACUCGGACGACGGCGGAGUGGCCGGGGCCUCAGCCGGUCCCUCGGGCAGCAAGGUCCGGCGGCGGCGGCAGGUCCGGGUCCGGCGGCGGCGCGGCGAGAAGAAGGCAGACUCGGGUGAGUUGCCUGUGAUUGGGACGCGGUACGAGGAUGAGGAGGCGGACUCUGAAUCGAUCGACCUCGGCGGCGACGAGAUCCAGGGCGAGAACAAGGGCCUGGUCAAGACGCUUCUGAAGCAGGUCCGCCCCGGAAUGGACCUGUCCAAGGUAGUCCUUCCGACGUUUAUUCUGGAGCCGCGGUCGUUCCUGGAGAAGAUGACCGACUUUUUCGCCCACAAUGACCUGCUCGCGGCGGUGACGACGUUUGACACGCCUGAGGCGCGGAUGCUCCAACUGACGCGGUGGUACCUCUCGGGCUUCUACCUCGGGCCCAAGGGUGUGAAGAAGCCGUACAACCCGAUUCUCGGCGAGACGUUCCGCUGCGCGUGGGACCUUGCGCCGACCGAGGCGCUGCCGUUCCCGUCGCGGACGCACUUUUAUGCCGAGCAGGUCUCGCACCACCCGCCGAUUUCGGCCUUUUACGUCGCCAACCGCAAGGCCGGCUUUGUGGUCAACACCGCCAUCCGCUUCAAGUCGCGGUUCAACAUCACCCACGUCCUUGCCAUCAUGUACGGCCGCGGUGUGAUCACUCUCACCAACCGUGACGAGCAGUACGUGCUCAACUACCCCAAGGCCAAGGCCUCGGGCUGGUUCACCACCCUCAAGUCGGAGAUCACCGACAAGGUCACCAUCGCAUGCGAGAAGACCGGCUACGUCACCGAGCUCAAGUUCAAGGCCAAGCCCAUGGUUGGCGGCACGUACAACGCCAUCACCGGCCGCAUUUACAAGCGCAUGCCCUCGGGUGGCGAGGAGGUUUGCUACACCAUCUCGGGCAAGUGGAACGAGCGCAUCGACUACACCGACGUCCGCACCGGUGGCACCUAUGAGAUGUGGGAUACCGAGGGCAAGCGCGCAGCUCUCGUUCCCUACAAGCGCCCGGCCUACGACGAGCAGCUGCCGACCGAGUCGGUCAAGCUCUGGGCAAAGGUCACCCAGGCCAUCAUCGAGCAGGACCAGGUCGCCGCCACCGAGGAAAAGUACGUGCUUGAGCAGAAGCAGCGCGAGGACAAGAUCGCCCGCGACGCUGCCGGCGAGGAGUGGCAGCUCAUCAACUUUGUGCAGAACGACCCGGACGUCACCCUCCCCGACUUUACCUACAAGCACCUCAACACCGCCCCGUUCGACUGGGACAACGAGGUCAUGGAGGUCGAGGAGAACGGCAUCAUUCGCUCAGUGACCAAGAACGAGCUCGACCGCCUCACUGGCUCGGGCGCCCGCUCGGGCUCGGACCGCGGCUCGGACUCGGGCUGGUCGUCGGACCUCGACCGCGGUGCCGGCUCGUCCGACUACACCUACGACUACACCGACGAGUCGUACACGGCCUCGGACGACGACGGUGAGCUCUACCCGCUGCGCGCCUCCGAGUAUGGCACGCUCACAGCCCGCGUCCGCGACACCCGCAAGGCCCACGAGGCCAUCGCCGCCCAGGUGGCCACCCUCCUCGGCGACGUCGCCGACAUCCGCGCAGACCUCAAGGCCCGUGACAAGGCCGACCGCAAGGCCCGCCGCGAGCUCAACUCGAUCAAGUCGGCCAUCUCCUCGCUCAAGUCCGACACCGAGCCCGAUGGCUGGUUCUCGCUCACCUUCCUCUUCAAGCUCUUCCUCGUCUUUUGGCUCCUCUACAUCUCGUGGCACGAGUUCCCGUCGGCCUCGUCGUUUGUCCCGUCGCUGCCCUCGUUCCUCGGCGGCGACAGCUCGUAGCUUGCAUAAAACGAGGUUCCUCCCCC